GGAGGCAGAUAACACGGUCGGACUCCGAGAGCAGCGUGGAGAACAGACAAGUAAACAAGCUGAUGCUGAACUCCCCCAGUGAUGGGGACGAGGCCGGCCCCCUGCGCUGGCUGGGGACUUCCAGGCAGCCAAGCGAUGGAGAGAUGGAUAGUCCCCCUGCGCAGAACGAGCGAGGAGCUGGGGGGCAACGGUUUGGGCUUCCCGAGAGUCCAGGUGAGGCCGAUUGUGCCUCUCGGCCCGCCAGCGCUCCAGAUGCGCUCCAUGUCGUUCCGAGCGCUGAAGAGGGGAUGGUGGAAGUGGCCGAGAGAGAUAAGGCGGCCAAGGGCCUCGAGAUAACGGUGUCUGCUGCUCUGAGCCGUGCGCCGGCGUUUGGAGAGGCCGAAAGGAGCGACAGCCAGUCCCCCGAGAGCGGGGAAGAGCUUGGUGUCGGCAGGGAGCCCCCGUUUGAUCUGCAGAGCCAGGCAAGCUGUUUUCAGAGUGCUUGCACCGAAGCGCAGCCAGAAGAGAGCUCCAGCGCCACGGCUGUCACGGUGGUGAAGCUGCUGGCCCCGGCUCACGAUGGCAAAGGCGGUGGCCCAUGGGAAACGGCUGGGGAAGACGUUCCGGGGGGAGCAGAGCGUACACCGCAAGAAGAAAGGACGCCGGUGAGAAAGCUAGAGGACGAAAAGGCACUAAAAGUGGCGGAUGUGAAGAAGACCUUUGAGAAACGGAAGCCUGCGGCAGAGAAGGCCUCCCCACCUGCUAGAAAAGAAACAAUGAGACGAGUGGUUCGACAGAGCAAGUUUCGGCACGUCUUUGGUCAGGCGGUGAAAAAUGACCAGUGUUACGACGAUAUUAGAGUUUCCCGUGUUACGUGGGAUAGUUCUUUUUGUGCAGUCAAUCCCAAAUUUGUCGCGAUAAUAAUAGAGGCCAGUGGUGGUGGUGCCUUCCUGGUUCUUCCGUUACACAAGACAGGUAGAAUUGACAAGUCCUACCCCACCGUAUGUGGCCAUACGGGACCCGUACUUGACAUCGACUGGUGUCCCCACAACGAUCAAGUCAUCGCCAGCGGCUCCGAAGACUGCACGGUCAUGGUUUGGCAGAUCCCAGAAAACGGUCUCACGCUCUCCCUGACGGAGCCGGUGGUCGUCCUGGAAGGCCACUCCAAAAGGGUGGGCAUCGUGGCCUGGCACCCGACUGCGCGCAACGUGCUUCUGAGUGCAGGGUGCGACAACGCCAUCAUCAUCUGGAACGUGGGGACGGGGCAGCCCCUCAUCAACCUGAACGACAUGCACCAAGACAUGAUCUACAACGUGAGCUGGAACUGGUGCGGCAGCCUCGUCUGCACGGCCUCGAAGGACAAGAAGGUCCGCGUGAUCGACCCCAGAAAGCAGGCGCUCGUUGCUGAGAAGGAGAAAGCACAUGAAGGAGCGCGGCCCAUGAGGGCCAUCUUCCUCUCCGACGGGAAUGUCUUCACCACUGGUUUCAGCCGCAUGAGCGAAAGGCAGCUUGCACUCUGGAAUCCUAAAAAUAUGGACGAGCCCAUUGCCCUCCACGAAAUGGACACCAGCAACGGUGUUUUGCUGCCCUUCUACGACCCCGACACCAACAUCAUAUACUUGUGCGGAAAGGGGGACAGCAGCAUCCGCUACUUCGAGAUCACGGAUGAGUCGCCGUACGUGCACUACCUCAACACCUUCAGCAGCAAGGAGCCGCAGAGAGGGAUGGGCUUCAUGCCCAAGCGGGGCCUGGACGUCAACAAGUGUGAGAUCGCCAGAUUCUUCAAACUGCAUGAGCGGAAGUGCGAGCCCAUCAUCAUGACUGUCCCGCGGAAGUCUGACCUUUUCCAAGACGACCUGUACCCAGACACAGCUGGACCCGAAGCCGCUCUGGAAGCCGAGGAGUGGUUCGAGGGGAAGAACGCCGACCCCAUUCUCAUCUCCUUGAAGCACGGCUACAUUCCGGGCAAAAACAGGGACCUCAAGGUGGUCAGGAAGAACAUAUUGGACAACAAGCCAGCAGCGAGCAAGAAGGGCGAUCUCAUUAGUGCUCCAAAGAAGGCAGCGGACACCGCAAACUCUCAACACGAAGCCAAAUUGGAUGAGAUUUUGAAAGAGCUCAAGUCUCUAAAAGACACAGUCGCCCAUCAAGACGAGCGCAUUUCCAAGCUAGAACAGCAGGUGGCGAAGAUGGCCGUCUGAGAGCCGGGUGGGCGUGGGGGGGGGAGGAAGGAAGGAAGCAGGACUGAGCUGUGAGCCGCCCAGGCACUGCCGCUGAGGAGGACAUCGCCGCCUUCCUCGCCCGCCCAGCGCGUGGCCGCCUCGGGCCUCGCUGUGCGGCUGGAGCCGCCUCCUCCUCAGUUCACGAGUGCCAGCAGACACCGCAGAUGAUCGAAGCCAAGCCUUUUUAAUGAGAAACCUUCCUGGUGUUUUAGUGACUGUGUGGCCAUUCCAAAGUGCUGCUGUUACAACCGGUUUGCGUUCAUUUAUUAAUUGAUUUCAAGGCCAAUCAUUCCACCUCUCCACUGAGGAGCCAAGAACUUCCUGGUGUUUUGGACCAAAAUUACAUGGUUUUUAAAUACACCUUUUUUAAAGUUGCCAAAAUCCAACCCCCCCUUUUUACCAUUUUGCAGUAUUUUGUGUUUUUAACCUAAAGGAGCAUCACUCGCAGUGUCUUUGUGCCAUGCAGAGAACAAAAGAGCUCUGCGUAUGCCUUUUCGUCUCCGAACAGUUGGAGCAGAGACCCACUGCCAUAUCUGAAAGACCCGACCUGAAAAGGGUUCCAGCUCUCUGACUUCUUGCAGACCCGCCCCGAGCCCCUCAGCCCCAUAGCUCCUGCCUCCACCCCAGCCCCACCCACUUCUGCCCUCCUAGGGAUUGAGUGCUUUUCCCACAGCUGCAUAUUGAAAUCUGUGUUGCCAUUAUUCCACCCGAUGUUGUGCUUUGUUUUAAUCUUAACAGUGUCAAAAACUGAUUUCUGAGUCGACAUUUUUCUGCAGACGCCGGUUCCACUAAUCCUGGCAUAAGGUUUUGCGGAGGUGGGUUUGGGGCGUGCCGUGCCGGCGGCAGUCACGACACUUCGCAAGCAGUCGAGAAGCUCUUUGAAAUGCUGUCCUGCUGCCCUCGCGACCGGCCCAGCCCAGCCCCGUCCGCUGUGCUCAGGGCUGGGCUUGCACCAGGCCCACGGGGCUCCUCAGAGCGGCCACUGAGGAUCUCCUUGGGGCUUUCAGAGACUCUCCUCUGCGGCUUUAGAAAUGCCCAGUACGAGCGACAGGAGCAGCGCUUGACUGCAGUGGUGGAGGGGAGAAGCCCUCCUUGUGUCUCAAGGGGCCCCGUGGCCUGGAGACGGUUCAGGGGAAGUUGGUCUGUGAGCGGCUCGGGAGAGCGUGCCUGGACGCCGGGGAGCAUCCCGGGCGGGAUCUCCUGCCUCCCUGAGUCGCCAGCCCACUCCCCAGCCAUCUCCAGCGAAGUGCUACUCGCAGCCUAGAAAGCACGUCCUGAAAAGCCGCCCGCUGCUCCCCGACUCCGGCCGCCGGUCCCGCCACGGAGGGGGCUCCCCCUUGCAGCUCCCCCGGUGCCAGUGCUGGGGGCAGGGGAGAGGUGGAGUGCUUGGCUGUGCGUGCCGCCGCCAGGCACGGGCUCGCCCGCGGGGCUGCAGAGAGUGUGGCAGAGAUCGGCGCCCCGGCCAGAGAUGCCCCCCGUCCCCAGCUGCCUUGCCUGGAUCUCGCCACCUGCCCGCUUGCUCCGUGAUCUCCACUGCAGUCACAGCCUGCCUCUGGCAGACAGAACUCUUGAACACGUCCCCCUGCUUCCAGGCCCGAAUUGCUGGAGCCCCCCAGCCCCCCGCACCAUGAAUCUUUUUAGCGCUUGCACGAAACCAGUCUCCGGCCUCACCAGCCCUUCGCUGUGCCCAUCCUGCUGCGGAAGCUGGCUUUUAUGUCCAAGCCCGCUCCCCAGCGACUUUCUCCUGCGAGAGAGCCUGGAAGGGGUCCUCCGCCACGGGCGGGGUGGGGGGAUCUCGCGUCCCUCCACGUUUUUUCCUGCUCUGUUCUGUCAUGUCCCGCAACGGGCAGACGGGACCCAGGACCCAAAGCUCAGCGGCUCCUGCUGCACUUCACCUCUGCGCAUGCCGCGUGUGAAGCCGUGCCAUUCAGUGGGGAGAGCAGCUGUGGGGGGGCUCACGCACCAUCCCUGCCCAGUCCCUGCGGCCGGAUCCAGACUGGGAAGGACAGGAGGCGGGAGAUCAGUGCCGAGCGCAGUGAGGCCAAAAGCGCCUCGCACGCUUCCAGAAAGGCCUUGUUUGUGGGCAAACACACAAGGCUGUUUCUUAAGGAGAUGUUAUGCCGCUCUGAUAAUGGAUCUCUGUCCUCAGGCAUCCCAGGUCUUCUGUAAGGGCGUUCGGUGAAAUGGCUCUUCGCUAAGUUACCUGUUCUGGUUCCAUUUUAAAGUUUCGCCCUGGUUUGGCCUCUGGAUCUAGCCGGGCCGUCCCCCCACCCUGGGGUCCCACAUGCCUUCCAAGGGAUGUGAGGAAAACCUUGUGUCUGGAACCGUGAUGGACAAGCCGGGAAGGCUCUUGGUGAGGAGAGGUCCAAAUAGUGCGAACGCACCCAUGCUCGCACAUGCGAACGUGGGCGGCGGCCGCACCACUUCACCUGGGAAUGCCAGGGAAAGCGCCUGGGUCGUUCUCUUUAGUAGUUUGGCUUCUCGGGGGGGCUGUGCUUGAACUGCAUGCGCAGAGCUGCUCAGCAAGGCGUCUUGUGCUCUAGGGAGGAUAGUGCCCGCCAGUGUGGGAAGCUGUGCAUGUAGACAGUUUCGUGAAGUGUUGGUAGACGCGGACAGGAAAAGUGCGUCCACCUGUGACAGGAUGAGGGCGCCUGCAAGUGGUAAGUGGAAUCGCAGCAGGGUGGCGGCGGACCGCUUUGUCUGAGAGGGGAGUGUGAGGCUCCGGGACCCCGAAGGUGGGGCUGGAGCGUGCCAGAGGGUCAGCGAGGGUGUGGACUUGUCAGAUGAAACAGGGAGUGUGGUCCUGGUCUCCCUGGGGGUGACCUUGCCAGUCUGCCUGUGUCGCUCUCGGGGGCCGUUUUGCAUCCAGUCGGCAGGGGCCGGGUGGGGGGGAGAGGCAUGGCUCUUCCAAGGCGCCAGGUUCCGAUUAGGCCCCGGCUUCCCUCCCCUCCCCUUCCCCGCGUGGCAGUGGCACUGGCUUUUCCUUGGCAUGCGUGCUUGUUUUUUGGAGCGGAGGAGCAAGGGAAAGAUCUCCUCUCAGUUGUAGCUGGUGUUCUGUUCAAAAAAACUGGGGAAGCCCAAGUGGGCCGUGCAGGAGUCGGUGCCCGCAGCGUCUGGCUAGCAGUGACGUUCUCUCCAUGGCAUCCAGCAAAACGUGUUUGAGAGGUGCGAUCUUUGGGAGCACCACAGUGUUCUGUCCAAAAUUUUGCUUCCAACUUCAGAGAUUAAACAAAAACGGAGUACCAAAAAGCCCUCCAAACCCUC